AUGUCGACAGGCGACACUUGGCAUGAUGACCUUGCCUUGGCACCAUUGAGCAAUAAGGCCAGCACUGGAAGCUAUGAUAGUGUGAUCACCUUGAACUCUGUCUGUAGCGAGGACAGCAUGGAGCACUUAUCUGCUGAGGAGAGGGCGUGCAUCAUGUAUCUGGAGCAGACCAUUGAAGCACUUGAGGUGCAGGAGGACAGUGGACUAUCCAAUGAUGAACCAGACUCAGGAAGUCUUCUGAAGAAGAUGGGUCUGAAUUCAAUCAAUGAUACUUCCGCUUUUGACUUUGAGUCUGGAAUGGAAAAGCGACCUGAGACCUUGCCUGCAGUUCCAGUUGGCUUUCCAUUGAAGGAGUCUGACUAUAUAACAUUAACAAAAGAAAACAGAGCUGAGGAUCAUCUUUUAAAUCAAACCUAUGAACCAAACCACACCGUUGCCCCUGAAGCCAGCACAGAUGGUCUUACAACUUCAACAACUUCAAAAUUCAUAUCACGACCCCACUUUCAGGUUACCGAUUCAGUCACUGAUAGCAACAUUCCACUCGAUACAAAGGGACUGUGUUCAUCCACCAUUGGAGACUCUUCAUCACUGACACUCCCUUCAGUCCCUGACAAUCCCUACGCUCUUGACAUGGAUGUAGGUCUGAUUCCCCCUCCGUCUGACUUUAUGGAUGAUCCGGUACCUGAUUCAAAGUUUACGGAUCUUGGUCCGGAGUUUGUUCUAGAGAAUGAUCCAAAGCCUAACAGUGUCAAAGCCCCUUUUCACUCCAAGUACAGCAUACCAGUCUCUGCUGACCUGAAGGGAUUUUACCAGAAUGCCUUAAAGAAGAAUCCUUCAGUUAGCCCCUCUACAAACCAAAGACAUCCAGACAAGCUUCCAAUCAUCACACGUCCGAGUCUCCCUGCUUUGGAGCCUGUUCUACCUGUGAUCCUUCAUCCUGACUCAACAGAGCUCAAGAUUCCACCCUUUGUGGCUCCUAAACCAAAAAGAUCUUCAAUCAAGAUGCCAUACCACAUGCAAACAUCAGAACCUAAUUCACCCAUUGGUAAUGGUGACCGCCAACUAUCAGACCAAGACAUAGUCCACAUUCAGGCCCUUCAGAAGCUUGGCCUGCUUAAAGAUUUGAAUAAAGAUUUGGACCCUACCCUGAAUCAUAAGCUUUCACCACAAACUCGAAAGUCAUGGGCAGAUCUACCAUCCGCAUGCAGUCCGUCACUUCUACGUCCAUCCAAUCGAAAAUCAUCAUUUAUUGCAUCAAGUCAUGCAUCACUAGGCUCCCCCUCAACUACCUCAGCUCCCUCUUCAUUCACUGAGCGAUCCAGACAUCGCUUGUCACAUCGUGAAACAUAUCCCACGAACGAUGUUUUAACAAGUUCAACUCAUACUCAGGUGAAAUCCCCUCGUCUCACGUCUUCGGAUCUAAUCAGACAGUUAAAAAAAGUCCCAGGUGCCCAGUCAGGUGCUGUGGAGCACUCCGACCUCCAAUUAAGCCAGCCGACAGCUCAUCAAGACAGAAAUAGCGUUGAGCGGUACCUUAGUCAUGCCGACAGCCAUGGCUUUCGGAGACGGUCUUCCUACAACUCUGCCUUGCAGCACCCAGGGGGCGCUAACAAUCUCCGGCGGUCACAUGGCAUUAGUGUGCUGAUAAGCCCUCGGGAUGAAAAUGGAGUGGACCCAGAAGCCCUGAAGAAACUCGGGACUAAACAAACCCUACAUCCCUCUUAA